GACCCGUGAAGCUGCAACCUCAUUUUAAACCGGUUUUCAAGUAUUAAUUGUUGCAUCUUUUCCUAUAAUGUUUGUUAAAAAUGAGAUUGUGAAUUUAGUUCACAAGUAUGCGCGAUGGCGGACGAAAAUAAAUAAAUAGAAGAAAUCGCUAACCGGAGGGAUUUGAUCGCAUGCGCAGUAGAGAGAGUUUUUAGUUUCGCUAAAGAGUACAGUUAGAAGUUAGCUCUAGUUUUAUUAUUCUGCGAUUAUCUGCUCGCUUUAUCACUCAGGAAGUAUGGCAGAGGAAACACUCAAAAAAGAAGACACUCUCGCUAUGAGACUCAAGUUAAUUGGCCAGUCUUGUAGACUGUUUUACUCAGAGGAUCCAGUAAAAAUAGUCAGAGCAAGAGGACAAUAUCUGUUUGAUGAAAAUGGAAAGUCCUAUUUAGAUUGCAUCAGUAAUGUCCAACAUGUGGGUCAUUGUCAUCCUGCUAUCACAAAGGCUGCUGCGGCUCAGAUGGAGCUCCUGAACACCAACUCGCGCUUCCUACACGACAACAUAGUCCUGUACGCAGACCGCCUGGCUUCCACCUUACCUGAGAAACUGUGCAUCUUCUAUUUUGUCAACUCUGGGUCAGAGGCCAACGAUCUCGCCCUGCGCUUGGCACAGCAGCACACCCAACGCGAGGACGUCGUAGUGCUUGACCACGCAUACCACGGGCAUCUUAAGUCACUCAUCGACAUUAGUCCCUACAAGUUUCGGAAACUGGCGGGACAGAAAGAAUGGGUCCAUGUGGCACCCUUACCAGACAUCUACAGAGGCAUUUACAGAGAGGAUCAUCCCAGCCCAGGUCAAGCGUAUGCUGAUACAGUUAAACACCUAAUAGAGGAGAUCCAGCAGAAAGGUCGUAAGAUUUCUGCCUUCUUUGCUGAAUCUCUACCGAGCGUCGGGGGACAAAUCGUCUUACCUAAGGGAUAUUUCUCUAAAGUUGCAGAAUACGUGCGCUCAGCGGGAGGAGUGUUUGUGGCAGACGAGGUGCAGACCGGUUUUGGACGUGUGGGGAGUCAUUUCUGGGGUUUCCAGCUGCAGGGGGAGGACUUCUGUCCUGAUAUAGUGACCAUGGGAAAACCAAUGGGUAACGGGCAUCCCCUGGCAUGCGUGGUAACUACCAAGGAGAUAGCUGAAGCUUUCACAGCUAAUGGAGUGGAGUACUUCAAUACGUUUGGGGGGAAUCCAGUGUCGUGUGCAAUUGGGCUGGCAGUGCUUGACGUGAUAGAAAAAGAGGAUCUCAGAGGAAAUGCCACAAGGGUGGGAACACAUCUCAAAGAUUUGCUUAAGAAACUACAAGCAAAACAUGACGUGAUUGGAGACGUCAGAGGCGUAGGACUGUUCGUGGGACUGGAGUUGGUAACGGACAGAGAAAGGAGAACUCCUGCCACUAAAACAGCUGCCUGGGUGGUGAAGAGGUUAAAGGAGGAGGAUCAGAUCUGCGUGAGCACGGAUGGGCCCUGGGACAACGUGCUGAAGUUUAAACCUCCAAUGUGCUUCAGUUUAGAAAACGCAGACCUGGUGGUGCGGUGCAUCGACCGCAUUCUGACUGACGUGACCGCCAAUGAUCUCAAACUGGAAAAUGAAGACAUCUAAGUACGAAUUCAGGAUAUUAACUUGGUCCAAAAUGUGAUCCACCAACUCAUCACUGGAACUGAAGCAUUCAAGAGACCAGUUGAAGCAUGCUGCCUACUUUGGGAGACCAGGGUUCCUACAGGAUUUCUUCUAAAAUAAAUAUAUGCCCAGAUUCAAAUGGUUUCUUUCCAUCUUUUGGACCAUUUUCAUUAAGCUUAAAAAGCCUGAAUGAUAAAACUGCAUACAAAGAAAGAUAGCAGGGAUUGUGUGACAAUUAUUUUUUUGCUAAGGUCUCAAACAUCUGUGUAAACUACCUUACCAUGGCAGCUUAUAAAACUGAAGACAAUCAGUAUUUAGCAACUAGGAUUAAAUUUUUACUGUCGUUCAAAUACAGCUGCCAUUGUGACAAACUUAAAGUAUCAAAUGUAAGUUUUUUGAAUUCUGUGUAGGGUGUAUAAAUGUAAUCUUAUACAGCACAGGAGCCAUGUGAGAUGGUCUAAAUUAAAUUAAAACCCUAACAAUGCUUGUGUUUCAUUUUUCCUUACCCACAGCAGCCAUGAUUAAAACACUCAAACCUCCAACAAACACUUCUUCACAACAUUCCCAAUACACAAGACAGAACUUACCAGAACACUGUCUUUAAAUCUCGGACAUUAAAACAAAUUUAAAAAAAUAAAAUAAAAUAAAAAUAAAAAACAAAUACUGAAGUAUUGCAGUGUAAUUUUUCAGAGGGUUGGGGGUUUAACACUCAUCCUGGAGGUAAAGAAGCCCGCAGCUCUCCAAAGAGGCAUCCAAGGAAAUAUUAACAUUACUCGAGACAAAAAAUAAAAAAAAACAAGCAAGCCAUUUAACAGUACAAAACAUUUAACUUUAACUUUACAAAUAAUAACAGAAAGAUCCGUGUGUAAUAAACCAAAGUUUUAUUAAUUUUUUCUUUACCAAUUUUGCCCAAGACACUAGAGGAAUGAGUUUUCAGUGACAGAGGGAAUACCCUCUUACAUUAACAGGCUUGCGUUCAGUUCAAUAACACUAGUAAAGCCACUUAAAAAUUGCUGACAUGUUGGGGAAAGAACCUCGUUAAAAGCCAAAAAGAAAAAAAAAAAA